CUGAAUCGUUGCGGACCUCGGCUCGAUGGGCUCCUGACAAAACAGCGGCCUCCUUGAGUUGAGCCUUCGACCGCCCUGCCGUGCUCCAUCUCCGGUGCGCUGGGCCUGGGGCGGCGCCGCCGUGACAUGCCGCAGCCCCGCCGUCGCAGCGCCCUCCUUUUCCACGACCCCACACUUGCCAGCCUUGGAGCACAGAAACGAAGGCUUCACGCAUGCCCGCCGCCGGCGCCCCUCUGGCCCCGUCCCUGGUCGCGUCCCUCAAGCGCGCCGCCCGCCUCCGCUGCGGCGAGCAGCUGCACGCGCUCGCCGCCAAGUCGGGCCUCCUCGCCGCCAACGCAUUCGUCCGUAACUCCAUCCUCGCAUUCUACUCCCGCCUCCCCUCGUCCCUCACCGCCACCCACCAGCUGUUCGACGAAACUCCCCCGGAGGUGCGCGACGCCGCCGCCCGCAACACCCUCCUCGCCGCGGUCUCCCGCGCGGGCCGCCUCGAGCUUGCGCAGUACCUGCUCGACGAAAUGCCACCGGACCAGAGAGACGUCGUCUCGUACACCACCGUCGUGACCGCGCUCGCGCGCGGGGGACACUCGGGGCGCGCCGUGGCCGUGUUCCGCAGCAUGCUCAACGAGGCCGUCCCGCCCAACGAGGUGACUCUCGCGGGCUUGAUCCCAGCAUUGGCGUGCCAGGAGACUCCGACGACCAUGGGGAUGGCGCAUGGGGUUGCUGUGCGGCGGGGGCUUGAUGGGUUCGUCAUUGUGGCCACCAACCUGGUUCAUGCUUACGCAGGGGUGUCAAAGCUUGGUUCUUCCAGGGCUGUGUUUGAUGGGAUGCCCUAUAGGAACACGGUCACUUGGAACGCGAUGCUCAAUGGAUAUGUGAAGGCAGGGAUGAUGGACAUGGCUGUAGAGGUGUUCUGGAGGAUCCCGCAGCGGGAUGUGGUAUCUUGGUUGACGAUGGUUGAUGGGUAUAUCUGUGCAGAUCUCAGAUUGGAUGCACUGAAGGCAUAUGUUCAUAUGAUGGGUGAGGUAGGCACAACGGGUGAUGAGUCGUUGCUUGUUGAUUUGGUGAAGGCAUGUGCUCAGGACUCUGCUGUCACAGAAGGGCAGCAGCUUCACACAGUUAUUCUGAAGAAUGGUUUUGAUGCCCAUGCAUAUGUUCAAGCGACCCUGAUCCAUUUCUAUGGAUGUUGCGGUCUUAUUUGCCUUGUCAAGAUGCAAUUCAGAUUGUCAGACAAGUCACACAUAGCAUCUUGGAACGCUCUUUUGGCUGGCCUACUGAGAAAUGACCUAAUGCAUGACGCAAGGCAGCUCUUUGAUGACAUGCCUGAGAGGGACAUCAUUUCUUGGAGUACUUUGAUAUCUGGGUAUGUACAGAUUGGACGUCCAGACAUGGCUUUGCAGCUCUUCUUUUCAAUGCUGAGUACUAAUGUUGAACCAAAUGAGAUCACAUUGGCAAGUGCUCUAUCUGCAGUUGCUGAUUCUGGCACAUUGGACCAAGGUAGAUGGAUCCACGACUACAUAAUCAGCAGAUCAAUCCGGCUUACUGAUAACUUGGGUGCUGGGCUGAUUGAUAUGUAUGCCAAGCGUGGUAACAUUGCUGAUGCAGUGCAAUUAUUCAAUCUUGCUAAUGAUCAGUUCUCUUCGGUUUCUCCUUGGAAUGCUAUGAUUUGCAGUUUAGCUAUCCAUGGUUAUGCACACAUGUCACUUGACCUGUUUUCACAAUUACAGAGGACUAAUAUUAAGCCCAACUCAAUCACAUUCAUCGGCGUACUAAAUGCAUGCUGUCAUACUGGGAUGGUAGCCGAAGGAAAACUUCAUUUCAAGUCCAUGAUGAGAGAAUAUGGGAUCCAGCCAACAAUUAAGCACUAUGGUUGCAUGGUUGAUCUUCUUGGUCGAGCUGGGUACUUGGAAGAGGCUGAACAGCUUAUUGAGAUGAUGCCCAUGAAAGCAGAUGUAGUAAUUUGGGGCAGCAUCCUUUCAGCAGGAAGGGCACAAGGAAAUGUGACCUUAGGAGAGAAAGCUGCUGAAGAACUGGCAAAGCUUGACCAAAGCCAUGGAGCAUCCAAAGUAGCUUUGUCUAACAUCUAUGCUGAUGCCGGUCGCUGGAACAACGUUUCAGUUGUCAGGAACAAACUCCAAGAUGAAAUUUCUGAGAGACUAGCAGGAAGCAGCGGCAUUGUACAGUAGAGGUCAAAGCAUUUCUUCAUUUAGCUCUACUGGGAAACUGAAACGUUGCCAGAAAUGUCUGCUCCAAGAGUUACAUGUAACUUGGAGCUGGAAUCAAUCUGGAUCUCGAGACACCGAGGCUUCAGAUCCAACACCCAAAGCACUCCCAAUUCCCAAACACCGUCAACGGCCGUAGCCGCGACAAGUUGAUGCUCCCAACCUCAACCCUGUCCCGGUCCCAGCUUCUCCCAAUGGCGAGGUGCUGCCCCACCAUGCGCUGCGAGUUCAGGCUGCAGCUCCCCUCCAAUGCGAGCACAGGGUUGUCCUUCGUCGGCCGCGACUUGAUGUACUCACAGAAGAAACCAUUGACUCGAGCCAUUCUGGCAAUGGAGUGUCCCGUGCCUGAUGGAUAUUAUCAUACUUAGCUCGAUGAGUUUAGAGAAGAACACUUCACCAUUCUCCCCUGCCGUACAUUCCUCGGUGUACCUAGAGUAUCGCUCUGCAACCCACCGUCUCACCAGCUGCCUCCGCCGAACCAUGUCCUCACCAGAGACUAUGGACAAGUAGAAGAUACAUGGUUUCAGGGAAUCCGGGCAUGUACGGAGGUAGGAGGAAUACACCCAGGCAAAUGGACUACCAAGCGUUGAGUUACUCUCCAUCUCCUGCAUGAAGUUACUAUUGUGGAGUAAUCGAGACACAAUAGAAUGAAAGUGAAUGAAAGUGAAAACUCUUAUUGAUUUUAUUGUUUGAUCACAUAUUUAUAUAGAAU